GCUAGCUAUUCUCCUUUCCUCGCAAACAUAGCUAGGCCAAACCUCCAAAACUAAGCAAGAAAAAAGAAAAUGGGUGUUCUUGUCAAGCUCAUUGAUGCGUUACUCUUCCUCUUGCUCCUGGUGAUCGCUUUCAAAACACCGUUGAUUGAAGCGCAAGCAUGCCUCCCUCGCAACCUCUACCCAGACAUUCUCGUGGACCUCAGGAACUGGUACACUCGCGAGUCUGGCGACUAUCUCAUGACCGAAAUGCCUGAUUUCUACAUCGGGAUCAUGUGGAUUGAGCUUGUUUUUCAAUGGCCUCUUGUGUUUGUUAACCUUUAUGGCAUCUUGGCUAGCAUGCCUUGGUUCAACAUUACGUGCCUAAGCUACGGAAUAUCUCUUUUCACUUCCAUGGUGCCAAUAUUUGCAGAAUUGACAUGGUCAGGAAGGGCACCUGAUAAGCUACUGACGGUGUACUACUGUUUCUUGAGUUUGGGUGUUUUAGCCAUACUGCGUGGGCUGCUACCCAACUCAUCAACCAAUCAUACUGCAACCAUUGGCAAAAGACCUGCUUCAGGUAGGAAGAAGAAAGUUUAAUCGAGAAAAAGACUCGCGCUUCAACUUCAACCCAAAUUUUGUAAACGCAAAUCGAUCUCAUCCUCAGAGUAAUUUGUAUUAAUUCAUCAUUGUGAUUGCCAUUUGCGUUGUGCCUAGUUAAGACUUUAUAUUGUAUGGAGGAAAUUAAUAUAUUUCAAGAACAAAAUGUACUGGUUUUUUGUAGAAUGGUA